AUGGAAGCUUUCACGUUUGCGACCUCCACUCAGGUCGACCUUCCCGUGCAGGUCAAGAUCGGUUCUUUAGAGGGCAAACAGAAGCAUAUCCCAUAUUCCACACUCCUCAAAAAUCCCGAGUUGCGACACCUCGGGUCCAACCAAAGCCCUGCGUCGGACCUAUUCGUCACCGUUCAGCUAUGGUCCGAUUCCAAGCCCCUCGGCGUGCCGAUGCAGACAUCGUACAAGUCCUUCAAGACGAGUCGCACAUGGAACGAAUGGCUACAACUGCCACUAUGUGUAAAGGAUGCGCCUUUGGGAUCGCAGUUGGCUAUAACGAUUUGGGAUCUCUCGCCCCUCGGUAAUGAAACCUCGAAUGGCCAUGGCGUUCCCUUCGGCGGGACUACAAUAUCAUUAUUCGACACCGAUGGCAAGCUGCGAAUGGGAAGACAGAAAUGUAAGAUUUAUCGGAACAAGGCCGCGGACGGUUUCUCGUCUAGUACAACACCAGCUAUACCGCCCGUUCAACGUCGCAAGACAGAUGGCGCACUUUCUCUUACUCAAUCGCCCGAGGAAGCCGAACUUGAGCGUAUUGAAGGUCUAAUAAAGAAACAUGAGAUGGGCGAAAUGACCCGGGUAGACUGGCUGGACCAGUUGGUAUUUCGCCAAUUAGAGAAAAUCAAAACAAGUGCGGAGGAAGCCGCGAAGAAAAGAGCAACGAUAGUUCAAGCCGCGAAAAAGAAAGCCAUCCAAAAAGACAAUGGGGUCAGCGAAGAAGAUUCCGAUACAGAAAGCUUGGAUGAAGAGAACUUUCUUCUAUAUAUUGAUUUCCCACGAUUUGAUCAUCCUAUUGUAUGGGCCGAUUAUGAAUAUCCCCCUCCACCGGUUUCAACGCAUCCUUCACACACACAGAACAACCCUACAGGUACUCUUAAACCGCCACCUGAAGUUCAGUUAGGUCCUGGAAUCGAAGGUCCCGAUGACGCGGGAACUUACCGAGUUGUUAGAAUCUAUGAUCCGGAAGUCGGACAGACCGGCAACCCCUGUGAAGACAAGCACAGAAGGCUUGUGCGUAGUCAUCGAACCGGAAUCAUGGACCGUGAUCUCAAGCCUAAUCCCAAGAUACGUGACGAGUUGAACUUUAUCAUGUCCUAUGGUCCUACUCAUGAGUUGACAGCUGAGGAGAAGGACCUGAUCUGGCGGUUCAGAUACUACUUGACUCGCGAUAAGAAGGCACUCACGAAAUUCGUCAAAUCAGUAAAUUGGAGGGAUCAUGGUGAAGCUCGACAAGCCAUGGAGAUUUUGCCCAAAUGGACCGAGAUUGAUGUCGAUGACGCUCUGGAGUUGUUGGGCCCGACUUUCGAUAAUGCCACGGUUCGUGCAUAUGCAGUUGACCGUUUGCGAAAGGCAGGUGAUGACGAGCUUCUUCUGUACCUUUUACAACUUGUGCAAGCCUUGAAGUUCGAAAAGACACCGGAAGAAACUGCAGAAGAAGUCGCACACGACUCAUCUUUGGCCAAUUUUUUGAUGGCACGGGCUGCUAACAAUUUCGUGCUUGGCAACUAUCUCCACUGGUACCUCAUGGUUGAAUGCGAUGACACAGGUAUCGCAAAUCUGGCAUCUCAUCGGCGCUUAUUCGCCCGUGUGGAAUAUUACUUUAUGACUGAGCUGGAGAAAGUUCAUCCAGAACAUCGAAAGAUCUUACUCCGCCAAGGCGAAUUAAUCACUGUCCUGACAAGAAUUGCAAAAGAGUUACGCUUUUCGAGAGAAAAUCGUGCUGUCAAGAUUGAGAAAUUGAAAAAAUAUCUCAAAGAUCCUAAGAAUGAAAUUAUCACCAUCGACCCGCCUCUGCCCUUACCAUUGGAUCCUAGUGUCACUAUAACGGGAUGCUUCCCCGACGAUUCCAACGUUUUCAAAUCCUCUUUAUCCCCGCUGCUUGUCAAUUUCAAAACAUCCGACGGCCGCAAAUAUCCCGUUCAUUUCAAGGUUGGCGACGAUCUUCGUCAGGACCAGCUAGUCAUUCAGAUCAUCACCCUAAUGGACCAAUUGCUACAAAAGGAGAACUUGGAUCUAAAGCUUACUCCAUAUCGUAUUCUGGCGACUGGCUCAACUGCUGGGGCUGCACAGUUUAUCCCUUCAACUUCCCUUUCAGCAGCGUCUGCGAAAUAUAAAGGCUCUAUUCUCGCAUACUUGAGGGCCAACAAUCCCGAUGACUCAGAGCCACUUGGUGUUCGCAAAGAGACUAUGGAUAUAUACAUCAAGUCAUGCGCUGGUUAUUGUGUCGUUACGUAUCUCCUUGGUGUUGGAGAUCGCCAUCUCGAAAACCUUCUCCUGGCACCCGACGGCCAUUUCUUCCAUGCAGACUUUGGCUUCAUCCUCGGUCGAGACCCCAAGCCCUUUGCGCCGAUGAUGAAACUCUGUAAAGAGAUGGUUGAGGGCAUGGGAGGUGCCAAUUCCCAACACUACCUCCAAUUCAAACAACAUUGCUUCACUGCAUAUACUACGCUCCGCAAGUCAGCAAACCUCAUCCUGAAUCUGUUCAGUCUUAUGGUCGAUGCCAACAUUCCGGAUAUCAGAGUGGAGCCGGAUAAGGCUGUGCUCAAAGUGAAGGAGCGGUUUCACUUGGAACUGAGCGAGGAAGAGGCCAUAAGGCAUUUCGAGCAACUGAUCUCUGAUAGUGUGAAUGCUAUUUUUGGUGUUGUCAUUGAUCGGUUGCACGAUUUCGUGCAAGGAUGGAGGACGUGA